AAAAGCUUCAAAUUUGAAAAACAUAAACGCGCAACACAGAAGCCAAACUAAAAUUAAACAAAAUUGAGUUUUAUUCGAAAAAGGAAAAACCUUAAACCUUAAACCAACGCCCGAGCUCCUCUGAGAGACUUCUAGUGAUUUGGAUAGAUGGGUCGGUCUCGGGUAGUGUCCCAUUCUGCCGAUGAUGAUCACAACCAAAACAGAUCCAAGAGAAAAAGGACCAUUUCCAGCUUAGAUAACAUAGAGAUCGGAUCUACAAGUCAACCACUGAGUCAAGGAAAAGGAGGAUUAUACCACUGUAAUUAUUGCAAUAAAGAUAUCUCCGGGUUUGUUCGCAUUAAAUGUGCUCUGUGUUCAGAUUUUGACCUCUGCAUAGAGUGCUUUUCUGUCGGUGCUGAAAUUACUCCUCAUAAAAGCAACCAUCCAUACAGGGUUAUGGACAAUUUAUCUUUCCCACUUAUAUGUCCAGACUGGAAUGCAGAUGAAGAUAUUUUACUUCUAGAGGGCAUUGGGAUGUAUGGAUUUGGGAACUGGGCUGAAGUUGCAGAACAUGUUGGAACCAAAAGCAAAUCACAAUGUAUUGACCAUUAUAAUGCCAUAUACAUGAACUCUCCUUGUUUCCCUCUCCCGGACAUGUCUCAUGUAAUGGGAAAGAGCAGAGAAGAGCUCCUUGCUAUGGCAAAAAGGCAUGAAGUCAAGAAAGAACUUACUACUGGUGGUGAGGUUACACUGAAUGAAGAGUCUCCUUUCUCUCCCAGAGUGAAAUUUGAGAUAUUGAAAAAAGAAGACCCGUCUCAUCAGUCCUCAUCUAGCUUGAGUAUGGAGGUAGGCUCCCACGUGCGCUCAAGCAGUAGCAAUAACAUCUCAAGUACAGUUAAGAAGGCCUCAAACAUUCCUCCAAUAACGGAUAGCAUUAAACCAGAAGAACCUCAGUCAGACAGGAGCAUUGGUGAGAAAAAACCUAGAGUCGCAGGGGAUAAGAGGCCUUCUAUGACAGAACUGAGUGGCUAUAAUUUCAAAAGGCAGGAGUUUGAAGUUGAAUAUGAUAAUGAUGCAGAGCAGUUACUGGCCGAUAUGGAAUUUAAGGGCACUGACACUGAUGCUGAGCGCGAAUUAAAACUGAGAGUGCUGCAUAUUUACUCAAAAAGCAGGUUAGAUGAGAGGAAACGAAGGAAGGACUUCAUACUGGAAAGAAAUUUGCUACUCCCUGAUCCUUUUGAGAAGAGCCUCUCACCUGAAGAGAAGGAAAUAUAUCAGCGUUUUAAGGUCUUUAUGCGGUUUCAUUCUAAAGAGGAUCAUGAAGAGUUGCUCAAGAGUAUUAUUGAGGAACACCGUAUUGUCAAAAGAAUUCAGGACCUUCAGGAGGCGCUAGCUGCUGGUUGUCAUACGUCUGCUGAGGCAAACAAAUUUAUUGAACAUAAGAGGAAAGAAGCUGACGAAAAUGCACAGAGAGUGAAGGAAAGUAGCCAGGCAGGUCCAUGUGGAAAAGUAUUGCAGAGACCGAAUAGUCUCAAGGGUGAAGUUGAUGUCAACCCUCAUGGAGUUGUAAGGGGAUCUGCGGCUUUACAGCCUUUUAGCGAUGCUUCUCCCUCAACUAUAGCUAGCUCCUUGGAUGAUUGGGACAUCUCUGGUUUCCUAGGCGCCAAUUUGCUCUCUGAAACUGAAAAACAGCUGUGUGGCGAAAUAAGAAUACUACCAACACACUAUUUAAAGAUGCUGGAGAUCUUAUCAGUGGAGAUAAUGAAGGGCAACAUUAACAAGAAAUCAGAUGCCCAUAACUUAUUCAAGGUUGAAGCAAGCAAAGUUGAUAGAGUAUAUGAUAUGCUAGUGAAAAAGGGUAUUGCCAAAGCAUGAUUGAAAGUGUCAUAACCAGUUGGUGUAAGUCAAAUUUGGACUGAUCGUCAUUUUCCCACCCAAGGGUUGUCUUGAAAAUUCCUUUUCACUCCAGUUUUCACCCAAAAUUUUAAAAAAAAUUAACAGUCCAAGGGCUUUAGAAGAAAUGUAUACAUUGCAGAAACCAUUUAUAAGGUAAAUAAAGAAGAAACAAGAAAAGUAAAUGAGAAAUUGUUGCCA